AUGGCAAACAUCUACGACAGUAACCGACACCCUCGGGAAGGGUACUUGAAUCUUACCCGUCGGAUGGAAAACGAAGAAGAAGACCAGUUCGAUGUCGACUUGACUAUCUUGGACUUUCUCGUUUACAAGGCCAUUGGCUUGAUAUUCGAAUGGAGAACAAGCAGUGACCCUUAUCAUUCCGAUUUGCCCAAUGCACUCGUCAACAUGACCGCUGACUGGAGAACGUUUUUGGGUCACAGGCACCAUGGCCGACGUCUAGACCCCAAGGCGUCGUUUCGGUCCCGGUUGUUGCAGUUCGCCCUAAUCUUUACGCACAGACUGCACCAUGACGAGACAUGGACAACCGAGGAAUCACUCGACAGUCUUCGUGAACAGAACAAGAGCCGUGGCGAGUACUGGCAACAACGAACUCAGCAUCCUUCUGCACUCCAACAGCCCUUCGACCAGCAAAAAGAUUUUCCUUUAUCCGAUGGCGCGCUUUACGAGAACCGAUCAGCCCUUGCAUCCGCAUUGAGCAUGCCUCCAGAUCAGAGGAGAUGGGUGACUGAUGUAGCAGGUACACCCUCACUCCACUGCUUAUUGCCAGUCUUCAUCGAACUCACGGCCGCCCGUGUGAACCUGGAUGAUGACUGGCUCCCAACUUCUGAAUGGUUUGACUUGGCAGGGCAAUUCAUGCUGCAAGCUGUCAUAGGCGAAUAUCUUCGCAAUGGUGCUUACGGCGACGAGACUUUCAACACCAUCUUCGCGUAUGGCUGCCCUGGUGUCGAGCGCUGGGCGGAAGAACCAGCUGACGUAGCCGCUAUGCGAAAACUCUUUUGCGCUGAAGGCAACCUCCGAGAAGAGAACCGCGAAUGGACGAGGAUCAAACAACAAUACGUCAGCGAGCUUCUGCCACGAGACCGGUCCCAGUCAAGUCUUCAAGCGAUAGAAGCAGCUCAGGAACGGCAUCCAUAUGCUGCUUUUGAGGAACAGCUUCUCUCUUUCCUCAGGUAUCUGCAUGAUGGUCUAGUCAAGCCAGAUCUCGCUCAGGUCGAAGAAGGUCGCAUCAACAUCGACGGCAAUGAACUCUCUGAAGCCGAGUCGAGAGCGAUGAUUCGGCGCAUGUGCCUUUAA